UUCUGUCUGAUCCCCGUCACCCAACCCAGCCCUGUGCUUAGCUUGGCUCUUUCCUCCCUUGCUUUGCUUUUCUUUGCCCCACCAUCCCCAGACUCCCCUCUGCAAUGCGGCCGCACCGGCAGCUCCAAAUUCCCCAACACCUGUAAUCUUAAAAUUUUAGUUUCCGUUUUCUUCUCUUUUUUUUUUUUUCUUGGAGAAGUUCAACCUGUGGAUUACAUGGGUCAGGAAACAAGAUUGUAAUCACCAAGUGGAAAUGGAAUAAUUUACUAACUGGGACUCUAUUUAACUGACAAGUGGAUGCUGACUGGAUUUACUGAAGCAUUUCCAGUCAGUUCUGCAUGAGGCUUUGCCCCCAACUCAAAGGAUUAUAACUGAAAUAGUCUCCACAUCACCAUGACUGAAGGGGACAAAUCCGGCCCCUCGUCCGCCGCCAGUGAGCCCAAUGCAGCAGCCGCAGCACCACCGGCGAGCUCUGAGAAACCUAAAGGUCUGGGGCUCCUCAAUAAGCUGAGAGUGUCUGUGGAGCUGAUGAUUGCUCUGGCUGCUCUGCUGUCCUGGGUGGUGGUGGGAGUGGUGAUGUUUGACUUUGUGGAGUACAAAGCAGUCCCUGACAUUCAGCAAAUCAUAACGGACCCUGUGCAAGCUGUAAACGAUGCUGUUGAUGAAGUAUCCAGUCUGCUCAAUAAGUUUCAAGAAUGUGCGCCUGAUUUAAGUGACCCCAUGUCUGCUGCCACUUAUGCGGCAGAUGAAAUAGCAGAAGCAAAGGAUGGAUUUGUUCGAUAUUUCUCAGAUGAGGAGGGAAACUUCUACCUCAGCUACGUUGACCCUGUAAUCAUCGGCAGACGAGCUUUCCAUUCAACUAAUGACCUCGUGUGUGGAGUGGUGGGAUCCAUCAGGGACACACUCUGUGCUAUCAUGGAUACUAUAAUUGAUAUUAUAUUGGCUAUAAAUAGAGGAAUCAUUGACCUUGGCUUCAUCGACCCCGUGGUAAUUGGCAGAAAUGUCUUCAGUGUUACAAAUGACACUGUGGGUGUAAUAAUGGGCUACAUCCAGGAUGCGCUCUGCUUCAUUUUAGACAGUGUACUGGAUAUAAUGAAAGAUGUCCAGCAUUCUGUGGGAUUCAGUCCUAUGGCAGUCCUGAAGAGAACAGCAGAAAUCACCACAGAACAGAUUAACAUGCUUGUGAGCUACUUCUCCACAUUGCUGAUGGGUGAACAAGGAAUCUUGCCUGAGGUGUCCAUUGACCCCAUGAAAGUUGUUGAAGAUGCUGUGUUGGAGGUCUCAGACAAGAAAGAUUUGUUCAUGGCUUAUAUAUCAAGCAUGUUCGUUGGUGAUCAAGGUGAACCUCUUGCCACACCAGUUGUAGAUGUAGUAACUGAAAAAGAUGAAAUUUCUCCGGCUGAUAUUAAUUUGGUCAGAAGGAAAGGUGAAUUUCUGCCACCUUUCGAGAAAGUUCUCAAAGACGCAAAGGAAAGACACGCUAUAAAAGAAGUUAAAGAUGCCCUUAUGAAAGACCUAAAAGCCACAGAAAUUGAAAAGGAGGAGAAAAAGGAGAACAAAACCAAAGUUGAGAAAACCGUGGCGAUAAAACCAAUGGAAGAAAAGCCAAAGAAGGAGGCCAAACCUGAGGUAAAACCUACUGAGAAGAUACCAGAGAAGCCCAAAGAAGAACCCCAGAGGAAGAAAGUACCAAAGCCUUCUAAGGAAAAGAAAGAAGUGAAGAAACCCUCCAAAGAAGAGAAGAAGGAAAAGAAGCAUCUAAAAGAAGAGAAAGAAGCCAAGAAACCACCUAAAGAAGAUAAAGAAGUCAAGAAAUCUCCCAAAGAAGAGAAAGAAGUCAAGAAACCACUCAAAGAAGAAAAAGAAGCUAAGAAACUACCCAAAGAAGAGAAAGAGGAGAAGAAACCUCCUAAAGAAGAGAAAGAAGUUAAGAAACCACUUAAAGAAGAAAAAGAAGUCAAGAAACCUCCCAAAGAGGAGAAAGAAGUCAAGAAACCUCCCAAAGAGGAGAAAGAAUUGAAGAAACCACCCAAAGAGGAGAAAGAAGCCAAGAAACUACCCAAAGAAGAGAAAGAGGAGAAGAAACCUCAUAAAGAAGAGAAAGAAGUCAAGAAACCACAUAGAAAGAGAAAGAAGUCAAGAAACCACAUAGAGUAG